AUAAUUACAAAUAAUCUGUGAUGGAGGCUAUAUACAGUGUUUGUGAUUGAGUUUGUGGAAUCUUAAUUUACUUAUUGAAGUGUUUUAAUGGUAGCAGAUUGCGUCGGUGGUCACUGCGAAAGGCUUGUUGAGGAAAGUACGUUUAAUGUGAAGGAUCUGUAACCUAAAGCUUUGAACAUGAGUGACACUUCAGAAGAUCUGAUUUUACCAUCUUCUCAAGAGUUGAAGGAUGCAGAAGCAGCUCGGAAAACACAAUGGGAAAAGUCGUCUGCCAAAGAUUCAAAUGGUGUUGAAAGCGAUCAGGAAAAUGAAAAUGCUGAAGAUAGUUCUAAAUCUCCGCCUAAAAUCCACCGUACUGCAACGGCAAUGGCAGUGGAAGAAACGGUAGAGGAAAUUGAAUUCAGGGAGAAAUAUUUUGAAGAUAAUCAUGAGGCUCUGACGAAACUCAAGUUGCGUUGCACAGCCUGCUCUUCUAGCCUAACGUCGGUAGUGCUAAAAGGUCGCAAUGUAUUCCAUCAUCCUGUACUGAGAGUACUCAUGUGUAAGCAAUGUAUCAAUUUCUAUGGAGAUGGGAAUUUCUCUAUGGACGAAGAUGGUUCAGAUAAAUACUGCCGAUGGUGUGGGCAAGGCGGAAUGCUGUAUUGCUGUUCAACUUGUUGCUGUGCUUUCUGCAAGAGAUGCAUCAAGCAGAAUCUGAAUCGUUCCAUCCUUAAAGACAUCGAGUCAGAGGACUGGCAGUGUUUUGUGUGCAAUGGAAAGCCUCUUUGGGAACUGCGUGCCAUCUGUGUGAAUGCUCAGUCAUAUUCUAUGAAGAUGAGAUGUAGACAAGAAGGAAACCAGUGUAAUAUUAAACAGCUGAAAAAGAAACGGACUCAGUUAAAGCAGAAGUCACGUCUACUAAGUCAGAAGAAUUUCAGCACUAAGAGCAGUUCUGAUGAUGAUACAAGUUUGAAUGAAAUGCAGGAGUUAUCCAGGAAUAGACGUAAACAGAAUUUUGGUAAUUCACUAUCUGAGUCAGAGGAAUGUGAGAAGAAAGUAAAAAACGGCUCUGUUACUGAAAACAAUGCGUCAGUUUCGGAUAUAGGAGCGAGCACAGACAGUGAAGAAGUUAGCUCUGGCGAUUUCAAGAAAAGGAGAAACCGUAAAAAAAAGUCUAAGCGUGAACUUAGUAAGGUAGGGCGCAACUCUAGUGCUGCUGAGAAAAGAAGCAAGACAGAAUCUAAACAAGGAAGUGAAAUUGCCGACAAGAAGAAGCUACCGAAAGAGUUGGAAGAUGUUUGGAGAAGAAAGUAA